AUAUAUAUAUAUAUAUACAUAUUUGUAUGUUAAUCUUUAUGUUUAAAACAUAUUUGUAAUUACAUUUGAUGAUUGCAUAGUGACUGCGAAAAUGAAUAUUGAUAAGAGUAAAAAAGAUUACGCUAUUUGUAGUAGCAAAUUGGAUCAGAGAUGCUUUAUCCCUUGGAGCUCUCCAGAAGACAACUUCUCAUUUAAACAUAGAUAUGUACCAUGUAGUAGAUCAGUUCCAUAUAAAAACAAACGUUUUGUUAAAUACAGAUUAAGUCGAUCCCUGAAUUUUGAUUCAAGUAAUUCUAGUUUAGAAAACAGCUCUCUUGAAGAAGAUAAACAUUUAUCUAGAUCUGCUAAGAUAAUGAGGGCUUUAAAUUUUAAUAGCCCCUCUUAUUAUGGGAAAACAAAAAUAAAAAAGUCAUUAAAUUUCAACUUAACUCCUAGUCCAAAAAGAUUUAGGCAUGUGAAGAGAGGUAUACAAAAAUCUUUGAGCCUAAACAGUUCUCCUUUGUCAGUUUCCAAUAAAUUUAUAAAUCUUGAUGAUAAUCAUAGUGAGUCUACGAACAGUAGUUUAUUAUUUUCAUCUUCUGAUUCUAUUGAUGAAAACCAAAAUGAGACACCAUUGCAGCAAAAUACAAAGGAACAUGAAAUGUUACAUUAUUCUACACCUAACACAAAGAAUAUCAGAAAAUCAUUAGGUUCAGCAAGUUUUACACCAUUACUACGUAGUCGAAUGAAAGAAACCAUUGACAACAUUGUUUAUAUAACUGCAACGCCCAGUUCACAGUCAUUAAAAUGUAUCAAAGGUAGAUCAAAAUAUACAAAUGAUAUCGUGAAUACUUCAAGAAAUCUAUUUCAUGAAUUUCAUGAUAAGGAUGACAAUGGACCAUGCACACCUAAAAAUUUAAUUUGUAUAAUUCCAGAAAGUAUGAGUGCUAUUAAAAAGAGCCACAAGAAGGAAAGAUCAUCAAGGCGUAGUGCCUGUUACUCAACACAAUUUAUAGAUAAUGAAAGUGUACCUCUAGACAGAUCUAGAUUUUUAGCAAAUCAACAUAGAAAAUAUAUUGAUUCUUUUGAAGAUACUAAAUCAGAUAUUGAUCGAUGUACUGAUGAAAAUUCGAAUUCUAAUGAAUUAAUCUUAAAUCAUUCUGAAGAUAAUAUAUCAGAAACAGGUUCACUUUUUGAUUAUACAGAGGAACAGAAAAAUAUUUUAGAAGAAUCUAAAGAAGUAUCUAGUAGCGUCGUACACGAAAUAGAUAAAUUCGAUGUUAAAAUAAAAUUAGAGGAGAAUGUAGACCGUUUAUCGAAAAUUGAUCCUAGCAACAUUAAUGCUAAUAAUUCAACUAACAAUACUAGAUCUGUAACUCCAGUGCCAGUAAAAGAAGACUUAAACUCGCAAAAAUCUGUUACUCCUGAGAAUCGUAUAAAUAUUUUAGAAACAAUUAUUAAAGAUUCUAUAAAAAAGUCUCAUAAAAAAAUUAAGGGUGAUAAUAAAAAGAGAUUGUUCAGCCCGAAAGUUUUACAAGAUAAACUAAAAGCUACAGAAGAACAAGAGAAUAUUAAAUGUUCACAAAAUUUUGUACAAUAUGAAAAUAUUGAACUAAAUAAAGUACCUACAAAGGUGAAUAAUCUUGAUGUGUCAAGAGAGGAGCGAUCAUGUACACCCGAAAAAGUGAAUUCCAGCAGGCUUUUAUUAUCACAAUAUAGUUCAGUUAAAAAAUCUCAUAAAAAGGAUAAACAUAAUAAGAUAAUAUCUGGGUUUUUAAAACGUCAAGAAUAUUUUAAUAAAGAUAUAGAUUUAGUAACAAAUAAUGAAUAUAAAGCAUUUAAUAAUGAUAUGACCAAAUGUAAAAAUAGUAUGGAAAAUUAUUCGGAUUUAGAUAUUGCUACAAAUAUUGAUGAUUCUACAUCUUUAGUGGCGUCUGCGAGCUUGAAUUCGUCCCUGGAAAAAUUAUCUCCAAGUAAAAGAAGAAAACCACAAGGUAUAUCGUCAGAUAGCGAGAAAAAUAUAUUGUAUGAUUCUGAACUACAAGAAUUGGAUACAUCAAAAGAAGAAUUUCAAAUUUUCACGCCCCUUAAAAGGAAAAGAUCAUUGAUUGUAUCUAUCGCUGCUAAAGAGUAUACUCAUUUUGACGAUUCAUCGAUUGAACAUUCGAAAGAUGUUAUUCCGAAUAUUAGCUUCUCGAGAUGUUUAACACCUGUAUUAAAUCUUUCAAGUAGUUGCAAAAGGGCGGAAAAAUGUAAUACAUUAAUAAAAUCCGAUGAUGUUAACAAUGAAACUGCAGAAGAAAUAUACGAUUGCGGUUCUAAUGAUGUAACGGGUAGGUUGACCCCAAGAAAUAUGUCAACUACGGAAUUGUAUUCUAAUUUAGAUUCCAUUAAAAAAUCACAUAAAAAAAAUAAACGUGGAAGUAGUUCGUGGAAAAGUAUCGGCUUAAUUGAAGGUAACCAUUCCGUGGACGGAAAAUGUGAAAUAUCAGUAGAAAAUGUUUUAAAUGAAACGAAUAAUCUAUUAGAACUUUCGAAUAAUUGUGCUGUCAUAGAUGAUGUGAUAAACAAGUCGAUUUGCAAUAAAUCGAUAGAAAAAUUGGCAAAUCCUAUAACUGAUAAUCAGAAUUGUGCAAGUAUCAGCACGGAAAAUGUAUCACCGUUCGCAACACCACCAAAUUGUUUGAAGACGAAAAGUUAUAUCAAGUUGCUACAGCAAACUUCUAUUAAGCGAUCACACAGAAAGAUUCGAAAUAAAAAGAAAGAGGAAUUAAUAAUUGAUACAGACGAAUUGUCGGAUGAUGGAUCAAUAUUUGGCGAUGAAGAAAAGUUAUCUUUUGCCGAAGAUAAAUCUACGCAUGAUUAAUGAUAAAUAAUUUGAUAAACGAUAUUUUUGAAAAUACGUUACUGGUAAGUGCAGCUAUAAUGAUUCAUACUUACGAUCAAUACGCAACAUGAGAAUAAUUUAUGAACUUUUUAUACAAGAAGCAGUUGACAAUUUUUUUUGUCUAGGAACUGUACAUUUAACUAAAUUUAAUCAGUUUCAAUCAGUACUUUUUUACUUUUACUGUGUACGAUUUCAUUACAUAAUAUAUGAUUUUUGUUCUUUCAUUUCUAUUGUAUAACAUUGAGAGCUGUAUAGCACAUAACAUCUAUAUAGGUAUAUGUAAUUAUUAUAGUUUAUGAGUAAUAUCUAUGUUUGUAUGUAUAUUUAUGUAUGUACACUGAAAAUAAUAUCAUCCUUAAUUUUCUUACAAUACGUCUAAUAGAACAAUAUAUACAUAUAUUUAUUAGAAGCGUCCGUCUUACAUGCACAUAUAUAGUGAAUUACAGAGUCACAUUACAUAUUUCAAUAUGUGAAUUAUAAUUGAAUUAUAUUGAUUCUAUGAUUCUUUGUUUUUAAAAUUGCUUGCUAUUUUUGCAUAUUCUUUAUUAUUACAUGUAUUGUUCUAGAAGUUAUUAAUAAUGACAUACAUAGGAAUAAGUAGGAUUCCCUUCCAUUUUUGUUAAUUGUUCCUCAAUAAUAUCUUAGUAUAAACUUUGUUUAUCUUCGUUAAAUAAUUUGUUCUAUUCAUUAGAUAAAUGUAACAUCACAUUUUUAUUGAGACAAUGCAUGAUAUCAGUAACUAUGAAAAAAAAAAUAUGUAUUUGACUUGUAUAUUAAAAUGUUUGUUCAUGUUAAGAAUUUAUCGAUUAAAUUUGGACAGUUUUUAUAAAUACGACAAUAUUUAUAAGUAUAUCGACAUUAACAUUAACAUUAGUAUCUCUUUUCUUUAUUUCUUCUCUUUUUUAAAUAUUUCACUUUUACUUUUUCUUUUCUUCUUUAGGUUUUCUUUCUUCUCUCUUUCUUUUUAGGAACUUCGAUGAUAUUAAAUAUAUAUGUUAUUAUUUGCAAAAAUGUAGCAACUAAUUUACUAAGUAUAGUAAUUUACGAAGUAAAAAUUAAAUAGAAUUGUAGGAAAAUAAUGAGUAAACUUCAAAGAUAUUUUAUCUUUGUGGCAAUACGCGCGUGCAUUAUAAUAAUGUAUAGUAUAUGGUGGUGAUACAACUGAUAGAAAUCAGCAUUAUGUUGGGCCACCUUGGAUGUGUAAAAUAUUGUUUUCUCAUUUUUGCUUAUAAUAGAAUUAACAGAAAAUUAGAGGAAAAUGCAGUACCUUUAUUAUACAAGUCUUGAGAGAUAAUUCUGUAUUUUUUUUCUUUUUUCUUUUUUAAUAAUUGAGCUAAUAUCAUCGCAAUGCAUCACCCCUUUGCAGUAGCGUAGAUUACAGUCUCAUAGUUUGAGCUAAAGAAGAAAACCAAAUAUUUCUAAUUUCUGCGUAAAUUUACUAAUGAAAUACGUAGGAUUUUUGAAAAAUGUCGAUUUUUGUGGAAGUUGUACACUUUUGAAUAAAAGGUUUUAUUUUUCAUGAAAAAGUUAAUUAUACAUAUGCCUGUAGCAAAAAAAAAAGAUUUAAAUAUUUCGCGAAAGCUAUACAUAUUUCGCUAGAAUACGCUUAUAUAAAAAGCAAGAUCGUGCCGAAAAUUUUAAGUGAAUCGGAUGGAAAUUGUAGAAGAUACUUCCGCUACCGUGAAAAAGGUACGACUCAGAGUAAGAUUGAGAUUGGUGGUAGACAAUCCAAACAAAUUGGGCAAUCCAGUCAUUUUUGUAGAAAAGAAAAUACAAGACUUGUAUAAUAAAAGAUAUAUUCAAAAUUUUCCUUUAAUUUUAUUGUAUUAUUAGAAAAUGAUAGAAUUUUACAUUUUCAAGGUGGAGUAAGCUAUUGAACGUUAUUUUUUAUUUGAAUUCUCUCCCAAUGUCUUCCUCUUCAAAUGUCCCUGCAACGUUGAGAAUGAUAUAAAAUAAUAUUAACUGUACUCAACAAGUUAACUUUCGUAUAAAUUAAUAUAUGUGAUUAAUUUUUAUGUAAAUUAACAUAUGAUGAGAAAGUAUUACAACAGCUUGUUUAGCUUAGUUAAUUGCGAGUGUCAUUUGUAUAUUCAUAAAUUCGAUGUAAGAUUUGUAAAAAUGUUAUCGUACAAAGUUUAUGGAAUUUGAAACUCAUUUCUUGAAUUCUAUUCCUAUAGUGUUUGAAGCAAAUAUCAGUAAACACCGUGUAUAACAUAUAAUUAAAUGUACAUACUAUUGGUAUAAUGUUAAUUUUCUAAUUCUUAAAUAUUGCAUAUGCACGGGUAAUGUACAACUGAUUUUUGCACGCACAGAUUAGAUAUAGGAUGGAUUAGAAUAUUAAAAAAAAAAGCAAUUGUUCAUUUUUUCACCGCAAAUAUUUCUGCGAUGAUAAUAGUGAUAAGUUUCAAUGUAAAAAAAUUUCUCAGACUAAGACUUUAUAAUUUUGUAUUUGCAAUUAGUUGCUUGAAUAUCACGUUAAAGUUAAGUGAGAAAGUGAUAAAUAACUGAUACAAAGGCUAAUUGAUAAUGAUCUUGUUUGUGAUUUCACAUUCAAAAAUGUUACAAGCUACAUUACAUUAAACAUCGAUUUCUAUCUUUUUCCUUCGUCCUUUUCACAAAUUAGCAAAUUGAAAUUUUAAUUCAUUUAGUAAAAUGAAAUCUUAAUUUGCUUCCUUCAUUUAUUUUGUAACAUCAUUGUUUUUUAAAUUGUAUUAUUACUUUGUAACAUCAUUGUUUUUUAAAUUGUAUUAUUACUGCAAUUUUCUUUCUGUUCUAAUAUAGAAAUUCGUUCCAUCUUUAAUGUUGUCAAUAUUUCCAUACAACAAUUAUGUUACAAAUAUAAAUGUACUUGGCCACUUAUAUUACUUGGGUAAUAUUUUCAAUUAAUUUCUUUAAACUGUAGUAUGGUUAUACUAUUUCAUAAUAUUAACAAUUUGUUAAGUACCUACUAUAGUUAAUAAACAAGAAUAUUUAAAAUAAAA